ACAAUAUUAUUGCGGCUACCUAUCAACUAUCAAACUGCUGUCUGCAAGCGUCAUUUUUUUACAUUAGCAAAUAGCAAUAUCUUUUUAAUGGUUCUAAUGUUCUGUAUUGGUAAAAAUGUAUAUGAUGUUAUAAUUUGUUAAAACUUAAAUACAAGUAUUAUUUAUAAUUAAUCCAUACUUAAAAUUAUAAUUUUUUUCAAAUAGACGUUUCAGUGAAUAUAUUUGAUUAAAAUGCAUAGUUCAUUCUACCUAGUACAGCUUUUUAUCAUUUUAAGCGUAUUCCAACAAGGUUUCUGUUAUUUCCUGACGGUAGACGCACACGCUGAAGAAUGUUUCUUCGACAAAGUCGAAAUCGGAACCAAACUAGGUUUAAUGUACGAGAUCUCUGAAGGUGGAUUUUUGGAUAUUGAUGUCAAAAUAUUAGAUCCUGACGGUGAAAUCAUUUAUGAAGGAUUACGAGAAUCAAGUGGCAAAUUCGCUUUUGCUGCUGCCAAAAAAGGUGCUUACACAUAUUGUUUUAGUAAUCAAAUGUCUACAAUGACUCCGAAAGUGGUAUUAUUCAAUAUGGAAAUAACUGAACCACAACAAGCCAAACUUGAACAUGAAGUUAAAGGCGACGAACAAGAAGGUGAACAUGAAAAGUUGGAAUCAAUGUUAAGAAAUUUGGGAUCCGCAUUAACCAGUGUAAAACAUGAACAAGAAUACAUGAACGUCAGAGAUAGAAAUCACCGGGCAAUUAAUGAGUCUACUAAUAAACGUGUGGUAAUGUGGUCAUUUUUUGAGUCUUUCGUUUUACUGUCGAUGACAAUUGGCCAAGUAUACUACUUAAAAAGAUUUUUUGAAGUCAGAAGAGUUGUAUAAUUUUUUUUCAUAUAUUUAAUUGGAUGUUCUUUUCUACAUUGUUUUUUUUUUAUUCGUAAUUUUUCUUAUUAAAUAAACAUAAUUAUAAAUUUUAACUAAAACUGUUUUUAUUUUUUCUACAAUCCAUUUCAUGUUGCAGAACUAAAAUAUUAUUAACUACGAUACAGUUUUUAUUUGUAUUACGAUAUUUCUUAGGUUCUUUCCAAUAUUGUUAGUUGCGUUAUUAGAACAAGACGUAUCAAUUGGUGGUAGUUAUAAUACUAUAGAGCAGUACCGUUAAAAUUAUUAUAAGUUAACAAAUUAUUUAAGAGUAAUAUAAGAUUGUUGGAAAAUAA